AUUGCUUCAGGUUGUCACACCAGAUGACUAUUAAUCUUUCAAAUUGAUAUCUCGGAAUAAAUGUAUCGUCACAACGUGAUAGUAGGAGGUAUGGUUACCUUGUAUUUAUACACCAUUGAAAGUAACAGAAUAGUUCGUAGAAGUGCGCCUAGUUGGUAUUGGUUGAUAUGUAUAUAAAGCGUCGGUAGUGCUAUGUUUCAUUUCACUGUGAAAUAUCUGGGUGAUUUCUUAAACACAAGUAACAUUCUGCCUCGGUGUACCUUAGCAUAACUCAGAGUGUGCCGAUUUUGUAGAAAAUUUUGUUUCAAGCAUAAAGAUUUGGAAGACUAUACUGGCUAACCUAUACAAAUAUGGGUUUACUCUCUGAAGGAAAUCCUUUAAGCUGGGAAGAAACAAAAAAUCUUGGCGAUCAUGUACGAAAACAUGGGAUUAUUCAAUUUAUUAACUUGUAUAAAAGACUCAGAGAUCGUCAAGGUGAUGUGCUGAAAUGGGGCGAUGAGUAAUAUUAAGUCUUUAUGGAGACCUGAGUAUGGUGCUUAUAUGGUAGAAGGAACACCAGGGAAACCAUAUGGUGGACUACUAUUUCAUUUUAAUGUUGUUGAAGCUAACAUGAGAUAUAGAAGACAAGAAGCUUCGAAAUUACUUAAACCUAACGAAGUUCUAAUGUCUUUAACUAAUUUCCCAAGAUCAGGAGCUCCUGAUUUCACAGACCCUCCGACACAACCAACUCCAAGUUCUGGUGUAUCAAGAAGUUUAUUCUUUCCAGAUGAUGCUAUAUACCCAGGUCAUCCACGAUUCAAAACAUUAACAAGAAAUAUAAGACAACGACGUGGAGAAAAAGUGGCAAUAAAUAUUCCUAUAUAUAAGGAUAAAAAUGUUCCAAAUCCUUUUAAAGAAGAUUUUGGAAAUUUGACUGAAAGCGAAUCUAGUAAUGCAGCAAAAGAAGAUCAUAUUUAUAUGGAUGCAAUGGGAUUUGGAAUGGGGUGCUGUUGUUUGCAGCUUACUUUUCAGGCUUGCAAUAUAGAAGAAGCUAGAACAUUAUAUGAUCAAUUAACACCUUUAUGUCCAAUAAUGUUAGCUCUAACCGCUGCCAGCCCACUUUAUCGAGGAUAUAUAAGCGAUGUAGAUUGUCGAUGGAAUGUGAUAUCGUGUUCUGUUGACUGCAGAACACAGGAAGAACGCGGUUUGAAACCUCUAAAGGAAAACAAAUUUAGAAUUAGUAAAUCUAGAUACGAUUCCAUCGACUCGUAUCUUAGCGACCAAGGAGAAAAGUAUAAUGACGUUCCUUUAAUGUACGAUCACGAAAUAUACAAACAACUGAUGGAUAAUGGAAUUGACAGAUUAUUAGCACAACAUAUAGCCCAUUUAUUUAUUAGAGACACUGUAUCCUUGUUUUCUGAGAAAGUAUAUCAAAAUGAUGAAGAAGACACUGAUCACUUUGAAAACAUUCAAUCUACCAAUUGGCAAACAAUGCGAUUUAAGCCUCCUCCACCAAAUUCUUCUAUAGGGUGGCGCGUUGAGUUUCGACCGUGCGAGGCACAAAUUACCGAUUUCGAAAACGCUGCAAUAGUUUGUUUUAUUGUCCUUCUUACGAGAGUUAUCUUAAGUUACAAAUUAAACUUGUUGAUACCAAUUAGUAAAGUUGAUAAAAAUAUGGCUAGAGCACAAAGGAGAGAUGCAAUCAAGACAGAAAAAUUUUGGUUCCGUCGAAAUAUCACAUCGGACACGAAAAACGACGAUGGUCAACCAGAAUGUUCAGAAUAUACCAUUGAUGAAAUUAUCAAUGGAAAGGAUGACGUGUUUCCUGGUUUAGUACCAUUGGUAAAUUCAUAUUUGGCUAGUAUGGAUGUAGAUGUUGACACUCACUGUUCCAUACAAGCAUAUAUGAAAUUAAUACAAAAGAGAGCUUCUGGAGAAUUGUUAACAACUGCUGCAUGGUUGAGGAAGGAAGUUGUUUCACAUCCAGAAUACAAAAACGACUCUAUAAUAACUCAACGUAUUAACUAUGAUUUACUAAAGAAAAUACAGAAGAUUGUAUCAAAUGAGAUAUCAUGUCCAGAGCUACACGGGACGUGUAUAUCGUCUAAAACGAAUGAAACUAUACCUGCAGCAGUUGCAAAAGCGGAAAAGGUUCCAUUGUCUAUUAAUCAUUAAUAAUUUAAUACGCUUAUGUAGAUUAUAUUAAUUCGGAUAAAAUUUUAGUUUAUUUUAUUACACUACGAAUAUUUUGCAUACUUAGUGUGAAUAAUUAAUACUCUUACACGGAUACUUAACGCUUGUUACUUACAUUCAAUAACUCAAAAACUUGUAAAUAAUUACAUUCCAAGGAACAAAUUUAUUUUGUAGCAUUUUAAAAUGCAACUGUUUGUGAAGAUGUUUACAUAGGGUGUGAUUAAAAAGUUCCAAAAGUGUAGUUUUAGAUAGAUUUGGGAGAGCACUCUAUGAAGUAAUAUCUUCCUUCAUAAAUGCAAUGAGUCCGCCUCUUUUUACAGGUGGUAAAUUUUAUGCCAUUUUCUUAAUGACUAUAUUUGACGUCUCAAAGUGGCAUCUACUUAAUCGUUUUUCAUUUUGAGAAACAAAAGAAACUGGCUGGAGUUUGAUCUCGAGAAUAUGUUAAUUGCAGAACAGUUGAUUCUAUGUUAUAGAAAUGUGGCAUUUAGAUAUGUAUUAUCCGUGUUUCUUAUUGCUACAUUGUCAACAAAUUGUACAGUUCUGUAACUUUACUUAAUGAUCAUUAUGUUGGAACUUUUUCGUCAUACUUUGUAUUUAAAAAUUAAAAGAAAAGCAGUCACUUUGUAUGGUUUGUAUGUAUAUAUAGUCAUACAUUAUUUUUUUACAAUACUAUUACUACACCAUUCAUGAUGAAUGUCAUUGUUUGUCUUAUUGUGAAAAAAUAGUUACUUAUCACUACAUUAUGUGGCAUUUUUAAGGUAUACAUUUUAAGAGAACGAAUAUUUAUAUUACAAGAAAUAAACUAUAUCGUACGCAUGCAUAAAAGUUUUAAUUAUUUAAUACUCUUAUUCUUGCCUUUUUAUACUAGUUUUAUAGGAAAUAUAGGUGUUCCAUAGCAGAGCUAUUGAUUGUACUACUAAGACUUGGUAUUGCAGGGGUACAAAAUAAAAGUUACAUAAUUGUACCAUAGGCCACACCUGAAAGAAACGUUGUAAUUAUAGAUCCAUUACAUACAUACAAAAUAAAAUUAUAAACAUUA